AAUCAUGGAAAGAUAUAGUUUUUUCUUUUUUUCUUUUUUUUUUUUAAUUACGAAUCUAUCCUUUAACACACCACUUCUGAGAUUUUUUUUUAUGUUUUUAUGAGGGGAGUAAUUUAUCAAUUUACUCUUUAAAAACACCCAGUUUUCAGUAAGGGCGUUGUUGUCAUUUGGGGCUGCGGUUCAAUGUCUAGCCGGCAUCAUCCAUUGUUUCCGGCCAAGCAUCUCCGCCGGCGUCUUUUAUUGUUUCCUGCCUAGCUUCCUUUUGGCUGCAUUGUUCAUUUUUUCUGGUCAAACAUUAUUCUUUCCGCGUCGUCCAUUAUUUCCGGCCAAGCAUGCAUGGCCUUCAUCGUCCAUGGUUUACGAUGCCGUCAGACGUUAUCCGGGCGCCAAAUCAUGCAGUGAACAUCGUCUCCACUCAACAAGAAGUCGUUCGAAUAGUGAUCAUUGUAAAGCUGUUUAUCUCACUGAAUGGCCUCAGCUUUCCAGGGAAGAAAAUUGAUUUUUGGUUGGAUAUUCAUCUUCUGCUGAGUCUGGUAUCAUGAAUGACCUAGGCCUCUCUACUGCAGAGUACUCAGUUUUCGGAUCAACAUUGACAAUAGGAGGAAUGUUAGGUGCAGUAAUAAGUGGAAAAGUUGCAGAUCUCAUUGGCCAGAGAGGUGUAAGUUUUUUAUUUCUUUUUCUUCCUACACUUCAGAUGCCUCCAGGCAUAGUAUAAACUCUUGUUACAAUCACUAUACAAAUUCUUUUAUUUUGGUUGAUGUUGUUAUACAGGCUAUGUGGUUCUUGCAAAUAUUUUGUAUCGUGGGGUGGCUUUUAAUAAUUUUCGCAAAGGUUUAUUACACUUGUUUCCUUCCCACAACCAUAAUUUAAUUCAUUUAUACUUCAUUCAACAGCCAAGAGCAACUAUUCAUACUGCAAAUGUUAUAUGUCUUCACACAUCCUAGCAAUCAAGGGGCUUUUGAGGUGUCCAUAAAGCAACUUCAUAAGAAUUGACUUCCCAGGGAAACCAAGUAAAUUUACGAAAAACUUCUAAGUGAUCCUAUUUUCAUUUUUGUUCUGUUCAACUUAUGGGAUCAUUCUUCACCUUGAUUUUCAUUUUUAAAGAUGACAGAACUAAAAAGUAGUAAUAUUAUAACAAUUUUUUUAUGAAGUUGCCCGAGAAAGAUAUUAAGUUAUAUGUAUUUUGACUGUUCAUAAGAGCAUCUAAACCAAAAAAAAAAUUGAAGAGAGUGAGUUAUUGUUCAGUCAAUCUAAAUCAACUCAGUAGGAUUUUGUUUUUCAAAUUUUUUUUUUGGAUGGCAUGAUUGAUAUUAAUUGUUUAGUGCUUGUCAAAAGGGAGCUUGGUGGCUUGAUAUUGGAAGACUAUCAUUGGGAGUUGGAAUCGGGAUUAAUUCUUAUGUGGUAAGUAUUGCAGAUUAUUGAUUUCUUUGUCCAUGUAUCAGCAUAAUCUGGCUUACAUUCAGAUGACCAAACAGACAAGCAUAUAUAUAGCAGAAGUCACACCUAAGAAUAUUCGAGGAGGAUGUUCAUCAUUUAAUCAGGUAAAUCAAAAUUAACAUAAAUUUUGAUUAAAUAAUCAACUCGUGUCAUAUGUUUUCACGAUUCUGCAGUUAUCAAAAUUUUUUGGCCUGUCACUGAUGUUUUUUGUUGGAAAUGUGAUUACUUGGCGCUUCUUGGCUUUAAUAGGUACCUUGCUUCACAUUUGUAUUGUUUAGUACUGUCUGAAGGUAGUUCCAUUAAUAUGAGCCUGCAUUUUGUUUAAUUUUAGGAAUAGUACCAUGUCUGGUACAAGUUGUUGGUUUGUUCUUCAUACCAGAGUCUCCCAGAUGGUUGGUGAGUUCGAUUCAAAAUUUGAUCUUGUUACUUAGGUGGUGUUACAUGGAUUUGUUUUUAGUCCAAAAGAGUGAAGUAAAAUUGAAAAGAAAAAUGGAUUGCUCAAUUUUUUGUUAAACGGAAUUAUUUUAAGGCUUUUUUAAAUGGCUCAUCAUUUAAAAGUGCUAUUAGAGGAAUUCUUAGUUUGAACAUUAACAGUUAUACACACACAUACAAACAUUUUUGUGAUUCCUUUGAACCAAAGCAUGUUAAAACAAUGAAACCUAAUCUAACAAGACAAUUUCGGACAUAUCAUUUUUGUUCUCUUUUCUAUUUUUCAAAUAGAGCUAAUUCAGCAAAACACAUGAACGAAACUUAUCUUUGAAUGCUAAACUGAUGAAUGCAGUUUUGUUUGCAGGCAAAGAUUGGUAAAGAGAGAGAGUCAGAAGCGACUCUGCAACGUCUGAGGGGUGGAAAAUGUAAUAUUUCUCAAGAAGCAGCUGAAAUCAAGGAUUACACAGAAAUUCUUCAAGGACUCUCACAAUCCAGAAUUUUAGACUUGUUUGAGCGGAGAUAUGCUCACUCCCUCAUUGUUGGAGUCGGGCUAAUGGUACUGCUAGAAUUUUGUGGGAGCCGUCCAAUUGCAUUUUAUGCAAGUUCUAUUUUUGAAGCUGCUGGUUGCUCGGCUAGUGUUGGCACUACAGUAAUUAUUGAAUUGAAAAAACUAGUUUGAAGAAUGAAUAGCUCACUGCCAUAUUGAUUCUGAGUGGCUUACUGGUACCAUUUCUAAUCAAAUGAUAAUUCUAUCCUCUGUUUCGACAUAUAUAUUCUAGCAGGAAAAAUCUAAUUGAAGAUUUUGGUUUUACAUUUGUGUUAACUUUACCUAGGAAAAAAAAGUACUGCUUUCACAUUUUCUCACAUUCCCUCACAACCUCCUCUAAUGUUGGGGUCUAAAUGAGUGUAUGCAAUGCUCUGCUCAUUUUGUAAAACUGCAAAUGACCAUAGUUACCUCCCAUAGUCCAUAUACAUUCGCAUAAAUUCUUGUGAUUUUUUAUGUGUUUUUUUUUUUACCACGUCAAAUUUAAAGUAAAAUAUCCUGAAGCUUGCUAGUCAUUUAUUUCUUUUCGUUUUAUCCUUAGCCAAAUUAUAACAUGUUGAUGGAACAAAUUGAUAUACGUGUAUGUGCAUGUCUCCUGAUUUUGCAACAAAGUUAUUUUUUGCUGCUUAUUCAACAGGCCUGGGUGGUACACCAUGGAUUAUCAUGUCAGAGGUAGUUUGCCUUCGUUGGCCAUUUCCUCUAAACGUAGGGUUCAGCUGGAAGCUUGGUGACUUUUGUGUACUGGUUCUGUUCUUGGAUUGUUUCCUACACUUUUGACUUCAUAUUUGAAUGGAGCUCAGCAGGUGAUGCCUCCCUCUCCAUCUCUCUCCGUUUGUGUAUUUGUUACAUGGUUACUAAUAAGGCCGCAUUGGUUUAAGAGUAUUCUUCAUGUUCACAACCAUUUGCGGUUUAGUUGCUCUAUUUGUUGCAAGAGUGGUGCCAGUCUGCCAGAGACAAAAGGACGAACAUUGGAAGAAAUACAAGCAUCCAUGAUUGAUGUCAUUCAAUGAUAUACUGUUACGAAAACUAAAUAGAUGUGAUAAUGUUUCCAUCUUUUUUGUGAUUUCCAUGAUGAACCUACUUGGGGUUCUUGUAUCUAUAUGGUUGAUAGUUUGAGUGCACGUACAUUUAGGGACAAUCACUCCUUCCCUCCAUUGUUCCAAAUUAGAAUUGUUUGAUUAACAGCAGUGUACAACUUCAGCACCUCAGUACUAAUAGUAAU